UGUAACAAUAUUGACCAUAUCGCGCUAUCGCGGUAAUAAAAGUGUCUCGAUAUCGUCGUGGUCAUGUUACGAUAUUAAAACGCCAGUUAUCCUUAAAAAAAAAAAAAAAAUAGGCAGGUUUCUGCGGAAUAACGCAUUGUAAACUACAUAACCCAUGAUCCGUUGCGCUACGGCAUUCGCUGUUGAGCCAAUAGUAGUUUACGCUGCCCGCACAACAAACAAGCAUGGCGGAUAGCGGCGAAUACAGCAUGGCUCAUGUUGAUACUUCUGAAAACGCCCCCGAAAUUGAGAUUGUGCAAGCCCCUGCAGCAUUCAAGUCCGAAGUAUGGAAGCAUUUCGGCUUCGCUAUGUCAACAAACGCUAAAGGACAGAGGGUGGCGGACAAACAAUGGACCAUAUGCAAUCACUGCCACGCUACAGUGCGUUAUAACACGGGAAACACAAGCAACAUGCGGAGUCACCUGACGACCCAUCACCCCUACAAGUUUACAGAUUUGCUCACAAAGAAGGUCACGUCCGGUCAAAAAACGUUACAGGAGGCAUUUUCACCAGUUUUGCCACACAACAGCGUAAGGGCUCAGGAAAUCACGAGGUACAUCGCGGAAUACAUAGCUUGUGAUUUACGUCCUUUUUCUGCAGUAGAUGGUAAAGGAUUUAAAAGGUUAGUGGCCAACCUUGAGCCGAGGUACAAGAUGCCAUCGCGGGCUCAUUUUAGUCAAAGUGUGUUUCCUGCUCUUUACCGUAAGACAAAAGAAGAAGUUAUGCUGAACCUUAAACAGUCUGAGUGCGUCGCUAUUACCACUGACGGAUGGACUUCGCGAGCAACGCAGAGUUACAUCACUAUUACAGCACAUGUGUUAUCGAGUGAAUGGGAGAUGAAGAGUUACGUUUUACAAACAAGACUGCUAAGCGAAUCACACACUGGUGCAAACAUAGCAGAAGUGCUCAAAUCUGCAGUGAACGAGUGGGAGCUGGACAAGAUUAGCACGAAUAUCGCUGCUGUUACUGACAACGCAAGCAAUAUGCGAGUAGCAGUAAAUGAAGCCAAACUGUCUCCUCACAUAAGGUGCUUCGCGCACACGUUAAAUCUGGCCUCCCAAGCAGGUUUAAAGGUAAACGCUGUGAGCCGCCUCCUCGGAAGAGUUAGACGUGUGGCAAGUUUUUUUCAUCGCAGUUCUACAGCCACAGCUGUUCUGACCACCAAACAAAAACUACUAAAUCUCCCUGCGCACAAAUUGAUCAUUGAUGUCGUUACAAGAUGGAAUAGCUCACUUGACAUGGUGGAGCGCUACCUAGAACAACAACAAGCUGUUGCUGCAGCCCUUCUGAGUGAUGAACUGAGACAAAAGUCACGUGAAAUAGACACUUUGGACACUUCAGACAUUGCAAAUGCUGAAGAUCUAGUGAAGCUCCUUUCACCAAUAAAAAAAGCCACACUGUGCUCUGUGAUGAGUCGCAACCAACAAUUUCUCUAAUUUCACCUCUAAAACAAAUGAUUCAAGAAAGCAUGGCCACAGAUAAACAUGACUCAAAUGUUAUUGCUCAGAUGAAGGCAGCCAUACUGAAGGAUCUCUCUGACAGAUACCAAGGAGAGGAUGAAAAGUUCUUGCAGGAAAGCAGUGCUUUGGAUCCACGCUUUCGGACCUUGCAACAUCUAGGCAGCAAAGAGAGGGAAGACGUCUUUGAAAGAAUAAAGUUAAAAGCAUCACAGAUGCAACAACAGAACCAGGACCAAGAUGUGCUGUCACAGAGCUCACAUUCACCAGAUCCGGCCAACAGCAAUGAGAGCUUCGUGCCACCUCCAAAGAAGCAUGCCCUUGAGGACCUCCUUGGUAGCUCCUUUGGCUGUAAUGACUCAGAAGUCACAGGUGGAAUUCAGGCAGAAAUGGACUCUUACUGUAAAGAAUCACUGAUUUCUCUGUCUGCUUGUCCCUUGAAGUGGUGGAGAGACAAUGCAGGGCAGUAUCCUAUUCUGUCCUCACUAGCAAAGACCUACCUGUGUGUACCCGCUACUUCAGUGCCCAGUGAGAGAGUAUUUUCAACUGCAGGGGAUAUUGUAAAUGCUCAGAGGUCUCUUCUUCUCCCUUGCAAUGUAGAUCUUUUGAUCUUUCUGAAGAAAAACUUGAACAUAAGUUAAAGGAUACACCAGUUUUUCAGUAAGCUUUUUCACUAUUUUAUUUAAGUUAUGUUCAUAGAUACUUGAUUGUUUCAACAAGCUGUUUUUAUUUGCCUAGCACAUAUGAUAGAUUAAACCUGGCUUAACUUGAUCUUUCUUUGCAGUUCCCUGUUGGGAAUUCCUUUCUUUGGAAUUGUUUCUUUGUUGUUUACAGUUGUUUGAGAGAACAUUGCACAUGAGAAGAAGAAUCAGUUGUUGAAGAAUCACUGUAUCAUACGGGGUAUAUUAAUGCUCCUUGAAUUUGCAUUUUAAAAGCAUUAAGGGAUCAGCAUAUGUUGUCAUGAUCCUUAAAUAUACGAAUAAAU